ACAUUAUCAACAAGCAUUAAGAAGAAAAUCAGUCUGAGAAACUUCAGAGCAUCGAGAGCAAAAGGAAGAUGAAGACUGUUGCAGUUUUUGUUGUGUUUGCCUGCCUACUUAUUCUUCAUGUACAAGGACAGGCCAAGACUAGCGUAAGGAGGUGUUUGUGUCAGGGUCCUGCAGCUAAUGUAGUUCGCAUUAAAAAUAUUGACAAGAUUGAGUUUCAUCCCGCUAGUGCAUCUUGUGAAAAUGUGGAAAUCAUUGUCAUUAUGAAGAACGGUGCAGGAAAAAGAUGCUUGAAUCCAGAAUCUGAAUUUACUCAGAAAUACAUCAUGACAGCAUUAAAGAAAAAGAAUGCAGAGUAAAGCAUGCAGUGUGUCAUUACUGAACAGAAGUGAAGGAAGAAAGGAGAGGCAGCUCGCUGUGUAUAUAUGAUAUAUAUAAUUGCUGUGUAUAUAUGAUAUAUCUGAUCGCUGUGUAUAUAUGAUAUAUAUAAUUGCUGUGUAUAUAUGAUAUAUCUGAUCGCUGUGUAUAUAUGAUAUAUAUAAUUGCUGUGUAUAUAUGAUAUAUAUAAUUGCUGUGUAUAUAUGAUAUAUCUGAUGUUUAAUUUAUUAGAUUUAGUUCUGUAAAUAGCUGAAUGUUUAUUGUUUUUGAAAAACUUAAUAUAUUGAUUUUGUAUAGAUACAAACAUAAAUUAUAAUAAACUUCA